AUGAAGCUCAACUUUGCCAUUGGGGCCGUGAUCCUUGCCCUCGCGUCUACUAGCUACGCUGAAAUUCAAUGCGUUGCCAAAAAGUGUCAGACUCUCUGCACCGCAUCCGAUGGUGGCAGAGAUGGAACCCCCACCAAACAUCCUGUGACCGACAAGUCUUCACAAACAUGGUGCUAUCUCAGAUCCGGUGCCGACAGCACCACCGGUGGAGAUAUCGGCGCUAUGCAGUGUUCUGGAAAUAUCGGAUGUGCGGACAGCGACGCCGCUGAAGGAUGUCUGAAGAAGGACGAUGACGAAUCUAUGGGGGGAUGCACCACAUCUUAG